AGCGCAUGCGCAGACGAGACAUUGCAAAUGGCGGCGAAUGUUAUUGUUUAAUGGAGUCUGUAAUAUUUCACAAUGAUGCUUGGAUUUACCUCUAUAACAGACAUGGAUGGGGGUGGUGACGGGGGUGGCAGGUGUGGUGGUGGAGGGAGAGAAGAACUGAUUGAGACGGUACUCACCUGUGAGGGGAACAUUAGUGACCCGGAACUCCCCAAGAAGCUCACCCACCUUGUGCAUGCUCUCAAACAUGUCACCCACAGUGACUCCACUUGGUUUGUACGUAAGGUUGAGCCAUGGAACAGUGUGAGAGUGACUUUUUCCAUCCCUCGGGAAGCUGCUGUGCGCCUGCACCAGCUGGCGCAGGCAGGAGACCAAGCAUUGCGACAACUGGGUAUCCUUUCUGUUCAAGUGGAAGGAGACCAGGUGAUCUCCUUAAAGGUGGCUGGUCCAAACAAUGAGUCCACAGAGAUUGUCCUUCGAACAGAUGGGGGAGCCAGUGAUGGUGCUGGACCAUCUAGUGUGGCAAGAUCAGUAACUACAGCACUGGGCAGUGCUGGGCUUAUGACUGGGGCUGCCCAGCCCACUGAAGUUGUGGCAGCCCCACCAUACCGUAGUGUUGCUCCCAAUGUUGUUGCACCUGUUGGGGAUAGCAUCCCUCUGACACCUCGCCCAAUGCCCCAAGUGCGACCUCCUUUCCCUUAUGCCAGCAUGAAUCAUGCCGAGAAAACCCGGCAGGGACGCGAGCUGCAACACCAGCAGCCAAGUGGACCAGCACCUGUCAGCCACGCUGUCCCAGGUGUUGGUCAGCGUCCUAUAUAUAAUCCCCCUCCUCCUUAUCCCAACCAUGAUCCAACACAGUUGCGAUCUGCUGGAGCCCCUGUGCAGAGACCACCUGUACCACAGGUAAAUGGUACUCAGUAUGUUGUAAGUCAAGCCAGUGGUGGUGGCAGUGUAUCACAGCCAGGAACGCAAGUGUUGCCUUCAGUUGUGCAGGCUAGUGCCAACCAGACAGUGACUGGAGCCUUCCCAGUGUCAGUGUCUCAAACUGUAAAUAACAGAGCAGUACCUGCACAGCCAGGGAAACUUGGUCAAAGGACAGGUGGAAAUGUGGUGAAAAACAGUCCUUUGUUGGUGGAUCUUUUGCGACAACCAGACCACCAACCAGGAGUGGGUGUUAGCAAGACUAAGGUAGUGAUUGGUGGUUCUCCCCACGGCUCACCUGCACCAGCUUCCCCCUCUUCUCGCUCUACGACUUCAACACCUUCAUCUGACUCCCUUCCACAUACUCCUCUCACCAACCUACCUCUACCUGCAGUGCCGGCACUCUCUCCACCUCCAGCAAGUUCCACCACAUACAGUGCUGCUAUCACAGCAUCAGGUUUGACAGGUGUGGCCUCAUCAAAUCAGUUCAGUUCAGCAUACACUGUAAGAGCAAAAGAUGGAGUGCAUACUCAUCAGCAGGUAUACUCUGGAGGUUCAGUUAUAACCAGCACUGUGACUCCCCAUCCACGCCUACCAAGUAGUGUGGGAGGGGGAUUACAGCAACAUCCUCAAGCCACAGGGCAACCUCCUCCUGGCCCAAGACCUCAUUACAAUGCGGAGCAACGCCGUUUGUCUACAGGCACUGCGCCGAACAUGCACACCAGAAUGCCUGUGCAAACUCCUGCUCGUUCCAGUAGCAUGGGAGAAACAAAGCCUGUGUCUCCCUCUCCACCACAGCUGGGAUCAGGAGGAAAGGAAAGUCAGUAUUUAAUCAAUCCCAACACUGGCCUUUUAGAGCCAAGGCCAAGUGAAAGCUCAGAUUCGGAACCAGAAGUCCGACCACCUUCCCCGAUGGUUGAGGACGUUCGUUCAAACUCACUUGGCUCUGACGAGGAAUCUAACAUGAGUGCACCAUCUAGAAAAGAGACUGAUCAGUCUGAUUCAGAAACUUCUAGAAUGUCAGUGCACAGUGUUGAAUCCAAGAAAGCGGCAGUGAACCAGGAUAGGUCCAAGUCUCGUGAUAGAGAUUCCAGUCCAGGAUCCUCCAGAGAGACCAGCGUGGUGAGUUCUGGUAGCUCAGAUGUAGCUAUUCGGCUGAAGUUGAAAAUUGGAAAGGAACCAAUUACCCAAGCUACUUUUGUCCCCAAUGCUAAGAAAAGUGAUCGGAAAGAGAUCGCUAAUUCUAGUUCAGGGUCCCAGCCUGGAAAUGAACCAAGGGUGCCGAAGCUUCACAUCAAGUUUGACUCAAAUCAAGCAGUCAUAGUUAAUCCUGGAGAUGGAAGGAGAGGUCAGGAGAAGGAUGGCGCAAAGGAGGAUAAAAGCAAGCGGAGGAGCUACAGAAACAAAUCCAGAAGUAGUGAAUCGGAUAGUGAUAGUGGGAAGGUGCGAGCCUUGAAGGUGAAGAGUAGCAAAGCUAUUGGUGAGGAAAGUUCUAAUGCAUUGAAGUUUAUGGAUGUUAAAAAGGGUAAAAUGGAAAUGGAUAUGGAGGAGAAUCCGCUGAAAGUGAAAGUGAAGGAAGGUGUGGAGGGGAGACUGAAAAUUCCAAGAACUUUAGAAGACAAUCGUUUGUCAGGUAUGAAAUCAGAGAGCUCUAAGAUAUCAAAACCAGAAACGAAAUUGAAAACGCGAAUUAAGACCAAACAGCCCAUCAGGACAGUUGGAGACCUAAACAGUAUGGGUGAAAUAGCUAGUCACAAAAUCCUUGAGACCCUGCCUCCAAGCAUCACCAAAGUGGCUGCCUUACACACUCCGCAACCACACAGAAACCCUUCCUCCUCCUCAAGUCAGUCGUCAUUGGUUUCAUCAGCUGCAGGAACCUCAUUAUCUGCUGUAUCAAGUGGUACCUCCUCUCAGCCAGCCAGUGAACUGUUCAAAGCAGAGCUGGAGAAGAGGGGUAGUGAGAUCAGUAGAAAAUCUGAAAUAAAAAAUGACUUGGAAAAGAAUAGUGCUGACAGUCUUAUUAAUCGCCUUCGCCUGAUGAAUGGAGACGUGACCCAUGGAGAGAAUAAGCUCCUAAUGGGUCGGAUUCGACAAAAGACCCCAGGUGCAGGCCAGCAACCACAGCAGCAGCAGCAGCCGCAGCAGCCGCAGCAGCAGCAGCCGCAGCAGCAGCAACCACAGCAGCAGCAGCAACAGCAGCAGCAACAGCAGCAGCAACAGCAACAGCAACAACAACAGCCGCAGCAGCAGCAGCCGCAGCAGCAACAACAACAACAACAACAACAACAACAGCAACAGCAACAGCAACAGCAACAGCAACAACAGCAACAGCAACAACAGCAACAACAGCAACAACAGCAACAGGGGGAUGGUCCAGGUGGCAGCAAGCUGACAAUCAAGAGAAAAGGUUCUGGGGAAACACACACCCUGGAGUCGCUAAAGAAGGAUCUUCCUGAAGGACUGGGCAGCAUCCCUACGUACCUGAACUCUUCUGUGAUGAUCAAUAAAGUAUCUCACUCUCCAGAGAAGUUACCUGCCCUCCGUCAUGAAGACCCUGCAGAUAAAGGGAUUAAAAAGUUGGAUAUUCACAAGCAUCCAGUGUGUACGGACUUAGCCAGUUUGAAAGCAAACUCUGAUAUAACGAUCCACAGUGUAACAAAGAACGAAACUCUGAGUAUAAAUAAGUCGAGUGAUGGCGAGAGUAGAAGCCCAAACAAAAACAAAAGUGAAGUGACUAAGGUGGGUAAAGUGACUCAUUUAGAUGUGAAUGACAGAAAAGCUUUGAAGGAGGCACUGAAGAGUUCGCAAAGUUCUAGUAAAAAGAACGACACUCACAAAAGCAGUAUGCAUGAUCUUUUGAGACGCUUUAAUUCUAAAGACAGUUCAACUACAGUGCCUGUCUCUUCUCAGUCUGAGAGUACAAACAGCAACAGUGGGGUUAAAGUGGAAAGCAAAGUCAUGGAGACCCCAGAAAAGGUGAAGCAGGAGGUGAAAUGCGAGGAGAAAAGUGAGAGCAAUGAGCCGCACAUACCAAGUGUUAAUUCUUCUAGCAGCUGUGAUACUAGUGUUAAACAAGAGCCUGAGCAAACCAAGGUUCUAGAGCAAGCUAAAGGUCCAGACUUUCCUGGCAGUGUUAUAUUAACAAAAAGUGAGGUAGAGAGCCCUGAUGGCACACCCAAGGGUGAGCAUGGUAGUGGACAGGGUGGAGAGGAUUCUGGGAUUGAGUCAAUGGAUGCCCUUUCUGAGAAGAGUCCAAAUCAGAGUGAUCAGAGUCCCAGCAGGAGAGAAGACAAAGAGUGCGAAGCAUUUCAUGAGAAAAGUGAUAAGGCCCCUGUGUCGAAGGGAGAGAGUGUCAGCACUUGUAGAUCCAAUGCGACACCAAGCAUUGCUGGGAACAGCACUCAAGAAGAGCCCAAUUUGAGUGCCAAAAUUGAAAUAAAAUCAGAAAAUGUUGAAGAGCAAGAGGAGGGAGAAACAACAAAAUCUGAAAAUGAUUCUGCCACUGCAAAGUGUAGCACUCAGCAAUGUGAAUCUCCUAAUGACAAGUCUGACACCACGGAAUGCAGGCAAACUGAUACAAAUACAACCGCCCAAGAAUCUUGUAUAAAAAGUGAAGAACAACCCACAAAACCUGUUCAAGAAGUGACUAGUCCCAAAGAAUUGCCUAUUCCAGUUGCAGACAUAAAAAAUGAAUCAAUUGAGUCUUCGACUCCAGGCCAAGCAGAUGAUGAGUCUAAGGGAUGUGAGACGAACUUGUCAUCAUUCCCAGACCCUUCCACUUCUUGUAGUACUUCAUUGCCAUCAGGCUCUACACCACUUGUGCCAGUCUCAAGUUUUUCAUCCACAUGUUCGUCCAUCUCUCCACCUGCUUCACUCACAGUUUCUCAGCCAAGUCCCGUGAAGUCACCCCAAACGUCCUUGCCUGUAUCUGUGAAGACAGAGCCUGUGACAGCAGACACUGUGCCUACUGUGUCACAAGCUUCAUCAGAGUCAUCAGUAAAUAAUAGUUCACCUCCCACUCCUCCCUCAUCUGUAUCAACACUUCCAACUCAGACGUCCUCAAGCACUGCUGAUGUUACUCCUACAUCUAGCAGUUCUUCUACUGAAAAUCUCUUGACUCUCACUAAUACAACUAAUACAACUUCAACUGUGCUGUCCACCACUUUUACUGUUCCCACACUAAGUGUGUCUACACCGUCUACUCCAACUUCUACCCCAACUUCACCUACGUCUCCCACCUCCAGUAGUCCUAGCUCUUACACCCCAGACACUAUUACUUUUACAGUUACGAGCAAUACUACUUGUACUACAGUUACAAGUACACCUGUUUCCACAUUCAGUUCUACCUUUACCCCCAUUACUACUGUUCAUUCAAUUCCGUCAGUGCCUGACACUCCAAAGACAACAAGUUCGAGUACUACAUCCAUUUUAUCGUCAUCCAAGCCAUCAUUACUUGCACUUACUCUAACAAGACCACAGACCUCUAGUGCCCCAUCACAGCCUUCAUCAACCCAGGUAGCCUCUCCACCAGCAGUUGACAAAGUAGCUUCUUCACCAGCACCUAAUGAUUCGUGCUGUACUAUUUCUACGUCGUCCUCAAGUAGCAGUCAGCCGACCGUGACAAGCACAACUACUGUGGCGGCAACGACGACCAGUGCUAAAUUGGUCACACUGAAACCUAGCACAAGCCAGGGACAAGUGAGCACUCCUCUUAAUCUUCCCCCGGGGACAACUUUUCGGUUAGUGGCCCUACCAGGUAAGAGUGCCAUGGCUCCCACCACCAGUCCAGUCAAAGUAGUGGUUUCACCUAUGAAAGGCCAGCUGAGCCAACAGGUGACAUCAGGCAUUGGCAGUAUGACAGUGGUGACAGUGAAGCCAGUGGUAAUGGCAACAGGUGGGGCCAAGAACAGCCACCUACUUCAGACGCUUUCAGUUAGCAAGACUGAGGAAUCUAGUCCUCCCUCUCUCCUCAAGGCUCACCUAACUGCACCUACCCUUACUACAGCAGCUCAGGCUCUGGCUACCUCAGUCACCAACUCUGCCACCACACCAAUUGUCUCCAGUACAAUGGCCAAUGGAGAUGACACAGAGGACCUUGACUUUGUGGGCUUCUCUAGUUCGCCCCAGGUCAAGCUUUUACAGCCGAGCGAGUUGAAAAGGGAGAUACUCAAAACAGAGGUUGGAGAGACUCGGAGAGCAGAGUCUUGUAAAAGUCCAGAGGUGGUAUCUCCAACAGGGGAUGAGCCAACUCCCAUGAGAGUACAUCCUCCCCUCUACACUUAUGGUAACAGGGAGAGAAAGAAGGACGUAGAAUCAGAUGCUGAGGACAAGGAGAAGGAAGAUGGGAAGAGCAUGUCUGAGUGUGAAGGUAGUUCUGACUUGAAGUGCAGUGAUUUGUCUGAACUGGAUAAAGAAAAAGAGGAAGGUGUGAAGCCUAAAACCAAAGAAAAGAAAUUUGACGCUCUGUCUAUUGAGAUUCCACCAACAGAUCCAACCCUUCCUGAUGAUAAGCGCUUGACGAGAAGCACAAGACACAGUGCAAGGCUUGCCAGUCCUAAGGUGAGCAGUCCAGGAGCUGAGCUGAGCCCAAAAGUGGAUAGAAGAAGCCCAGCAAGCAUGUCAUCCAUGGGUAAGCCAAGUCCUGUUCCAGUUUUGAGACCAAGUGUCAGUCCAGCCACAAGGGGAACCAAAAGACGACGACAUGAGUCUGAGAGUAGCAACGCUUCCAGUGUGAAUGAGGAUACUCAGGAGCCUGCUACUAAAUCCACUCGAAGAAAACCACCAGAUAAAAUUGGAGGGGAAAAGGAGGAAUGUCAGAAAGCAAAAGUUACCAAACCAAAGGAAGCUGAUGGUGAAACGAAAUCUUCAAAAGAUGAAGAGGAUAGCUCUGGAGAUGAAUCUCUAGAAGGAGGGAGCACCAAGAGGAGAAAUCCAUCUGCAGCCUCCACAUCUACCAAUGAAGAUGAAGAUGAUUCCAGACCAUCCUCCAGAAGCAGUCGAACAUCCUGCAAGGCAUCCGCACGCAGCAGAGAGAGACAGAGCUCUGCAGAGUCCACUGGAACCACGAGGGAUACUACCCCGACACGACGAACGCCCAGGCAGAACAACCGUGCACCCAACAAGGAGAAGUCUCCUGAGCCAGCCAAGGAAAAAGGGCAAGCGGCGGCGGCAGGUCCCAAGCCCCAAACCAGUCGGGAUGCCAAGGACAGAGGGGUGAAAGAAGCAGUGAAAGAGAAGGAGGGAACAAAGGAGAAAGACGGUGAGAAAAGAGAGCCGGUGAAAGAGAAGGAUACUCAGCAGAAGGACAAAAGAACUCCAACAGUAAACAAAGAUGUUAAAACGAUACCCAAAGACAAAAGUCCGCUGUCAAAGGACAAAGAAAAGGAUAAGAGCCCAGUACAAGGAGCGAAGACGAGAAAAGAUAGUGAUCCGUCGGAACCAGAUGCCAGUAACAGAAGAAAAACCAGAAGUACAGCGACAGCGAAUGAAGACACUCCCAACAAGAGAAGAAGAUUGUCCAAGGAUAAAUAGAAUUACCUUUCUUUCUGGAGAAAUGAUAUGGUUGCUGCUUCUGGAACAGUGUUUGAAUCUUUCCAUUAGUUUUCUCUGGGAAUGGUGGAGUGUUGCUGUGAGCAGACAGCAUUGUGUAUCAGUAUUAGAAAAAAAAAAAACAGUGCAAUACCAGACGUUCUCUCUUGUGCUGUCUGUCUCCCUCUGUUCCUAUGAUGGUUCGCUCGGUGACUGACGCCAGCUGCCAUUACCUUUCUUGUUUAAGUUACCUCUGCCUGACCGACCACUUUGCCAAGUCGGGGAAACAGCGUUGAAAUAAGCUCAGUCAGUGAGUCCCUUGGUGGUUAUGUGCGGCCAAGGGACCUGUUUCCUUCAAUAGGUCAAAGUGGAUAGACUCAAGAUCUCAGCCUCUGGCACCCCAUGAUUUACUUUUUUUUAUUUUAUUUUAUUUUUUUUUUAUCUACAGAAAUUCUGUAGAACCCACUUUUUGUUAAGGCCGAUUUUGUUAUCAUUUAUUAUUGUACUGCUUGUAACAAUGAAUAGUGGUAUGAUAUGCUAUAUGAAGUGUGAGUAACCGCUAUAACCCAACAAGACAGUUAUAUGCAGUGACUGUGUGAUUUUAGGGUGAUGAUCCCCCAGUGAGAAUGUCUCCUGGUAGUGUUGUCAGGGACAGAGGAUGGUGAUGUGGCUGCCCUACAAAUUUGGUGUGGACAGCUCUUGCGAGUUUAAACCAACCACGGCAGACAACUGCCCAACCACAUUGUGGCGCCCCACAUUUCUACACCAACACCUCUAUUGUACAUGUAGAUUGUAAAUAUAUCAAAUGGUGAAUGUUUUUAAGUGUACAAAGUACAGCAAAGUUAAUAUUUUCUGUGUAUUUCUGUAUAGAUGACUGCAAGUAGAUGCAGAUCCUGUAAAUUAUAAGCUUAAAGUGUAGAGCCUUUGAAGGUGAAACUGCGGCUGUAUUUACUGUAAAUAUUGUAAUCUGUUGUAUAGACUAUCACUUCUGCAAAAUACCUUGUUAAUGAUGUUUGUUUCCCACGUUCUAUACCCUAUGCCAUUUCCUCUAAACACCUCACUUGCACUUCUUUCCGAACUAUUUCUUAUUUGCUAACUUCUGGCUUGUUCAUGCCUUGCUGUAGGAGAUUUGUGUUGGGCAUACUUGCCUUAGAGAUCAUUUCGUUUUAUGAACUUGAUCAGAACUUUUUGCACAGGUUAGGAUUUGACUCCUGUAUUUGAAGGCAUGAACAAUGUAAAAUAUUUGUAAUCUAUCCUAAUCUAUUUUUUUAGCUUAAUGGCAUGAAAAUUAUUCUUUAAUGGCCCUAUUGAUUCUAUUGUAAUGUAAGAUUUCAUAUUUUACAUUGUUAUGAAUAACAGUUUUAAUUAUAUACAUUGACUUUCUGUACAGAACAUUUUAAUAGUCCUAUUUUCUCAACCUGUAUUGCAAUAAUUAUUACACAGAGCAUGUCAAGAGUCUUGAUUUGUCCCUUGGUGUAUAGGGUGAUUGUUCUUAAGAGAUGUUUACAAGUCUUUAAGUCAUUUAGUCUUUAUUUCAUACCUGUUUUGGGGUUGGUGUCACACAGAUUUAUUUAUAUGUUUAUAUUAUGCCAAUGCACGACCCUGCCUAUUUCUCAUUUCUUUUGAAAAAAGAAUUUCAACAAGCUCUUGCUAGGAAACAUCCAUUGUCUCGAUCUGUCACCCAAGGCACUCUGAAGACAAGACAUACUGUAGUAAAGUGUGUGUAUUUUGUAUUUUUCUAAAAGAUGCAACUGGAGGGCAAGGUGGCUGUUGUGUCCCUGGCUCUUGCAGUUGUGAAAGCCCCAGAUAUGGUGUAUAAUGUUACUGAAGGAGUAAACUGACCAAUAUGGCAGGCCAGUCUUUGGUGUCUCCCUUCCCAAGUCUUACGAAUAUAGCUCGUGUUAGCCUGUCCCACCCAAGACGCCGAGGCUUCGACCUCACCUUGUUUUGGUCUAUUGGAAAGGCCACAACUUCCCCAGUACAAACAUAUAGAGGUCAGGAUUGUAGCCGUUUAUCUUUUCUAUUUUUAACAUGUAGGAAGGAUUUAUGUAGAUGUACAGAGAAUAUCUUGACAAUGGACAUAGUAAAGAAAUUGAUUAAU